UCUCCGCCCGGGAUAUUUCCAAUGAUAUUUCUCGCAAUGGACUAUUUACGCGAAUCAAACCUUGGAAAACCUUUCUUUCUUGUAUAUGCGGACUACAAAACUGUGUUUCUGGACUUUUGUCGGUUUAUUUAUAAAAAGCCGCUCAAAGCGUUGCGGAAUGUCUCAGCCUUUGGAGUUGCGGUUGCCAUUUUUUAUUCUAACCCAUCUGCUGAUUCUUACACUUCACAGCUUAUGGAUAAUGCAAAUACUUUAGCUUUAUUGAGCGAGAAAGUUAGAAAUGCAGAGAGUGACAUGGUCAUUCGACGCUUAACGAAGUUAAACUGCCAACAUCGGCUUGCGGUUUAUAAUUGUGGAUUUUUUUCCCUUGUCUGCAAACAAGAACAUAACGAUUGGACCAGUUUAUAUGAAGCCAGGUGUUAUUAUUUGAAAGACAGAUGGUUGUAUAUUUACAGAAACAUUGUUGAUAUCGGUUUUCUAUGUAAAUGGUAUUAUUUGGAUAAAGCUAUGAUUGAUUACGAUGUUAAUGAGUCGGAACUUUGAAGCCAUCAAGUUAUGAAGAAAUUUGUAGGACAUUGUUGUUAAGAGGCAAAUUACACAGAAUCACACAAAUGUUUAACCAUUAGUAAAUGAACAUGUAUGCACUUGGUUGUAAAACAUGCUACAAAGGUCGCUUUCUUUUAAAGAAAAGCAAAACUAUUAAUCAGAUAUGUUAUCUGUUACAUGUGAAGUGGGCAAAUCUUAUUGUUUCAUCUUUAAAUGAAAGAUAGCCUUUGAAAAAAGUGA